GCCGCCUUCCCUUCCGACCCUCUGUAUCUUUUUCUCGGCUCCUUCUGUGUGGGGGACGGGGAGUGGCAAUUCGACUACAGGUUCCCGGGUUUGCCUCCCACGCCCCCAGGCUCCUGUCCCUGUGUUGUGCUGAUAGCAGCCUCCUCCGAGGACCGUCCCUCUCCUGGUACCGCCUCCGCCCUUCCUACGUGCUCCUUUUCCUCCCUCUUACCUAUUUAAAUAAUAUUUGGAAAUUGUUUAGAUUUAAAAAGAAAAACAGAGAAGGAGGAGGAAUUGGAGUUCUGGAGACGCAGAGGGACACAGGUUGAGAGGUCAGGCUGCUCCUCGUGAACACGCUUUUGCUGGCGGAAACGCUAGAAUGAUGGAUGCGUGAACAUGCAACUUUAUUUUUCUUAGCACAUCCCACUCCCCCGCCUGCUGCCCGCUUUCUCAGUUUUCUCUGGAAAGUGAGGAAACUGCAUUUGGCAAAUAAUUAAAUGGAAGUGCAGAGAAGUGUGGUGUGAAGGAAUCAUUAGCCAUGGAUGUAUUCAAGAAAGGACUUUCAAAGGCCAAGGAGGGAGUUGUGGCUGCAGCUGAAAAAACCAAACAGGGUGUGGCAGAAGCAGCAGGAAAGACAAAAGAGGGUGUUCUCUACGUAGGCUCCAAAACCAAGGAGGGAGUGGUUCAUGGUGUGACAACAGUGGCUGAGAAGACCAAAGAGCAAGUGACAAAUGUUGGAGGGGCAGUGGUGACUGGCGUCACAGCAGUAGCCCAGAAGACCGUGGAGGGAGCAGGGACCAUUGCAGCUGCCACUGGUUUUGUCAAAAAGGACCAGCUGGGCAAGAGUCAAGAAGGAUCCCCACAGGAAGGAAUUCUGGAAGAUAUGCCAGUGGAUCCUGACAAUGAGGCUUAUGAAAUGCCUUCUGAGGAAGGCUAUCAAGACUAUGAACCUGAAGCCUAAGAAAUAUCCUUGUUCCCAGUUUCUUGAGAUCUGCUGACAGAUGUUCCAUCCUGUACAAGUGCUCAGUUCCAAUGUGCCCAGUCAUGACAUUUCUCACAGUUUUUACAGUGUACUUUGAAGUCUUCCAUCAGCAGUGAUUGAAGUAUCUGUACCUGCCCCCACUUAGCAUUUCGGUGCUUCCCUCUCACUAAAGUGAGUAUACGGUAGCAGGAUCCUUGUGUGCUGUGGACAUUGUGGCUUCAAAUCUAAAAUAUUAAAGCAAAUUAAAAUCACCUAAGUGACUACCACUUAUUUCUAAAUCUUCACUAUUUUUUUGUUGCUGUUGUUGAGAAGUUGUGAUUUACUAUCAUAUGAGAUUUUUAGGUGUCUUUAAUGAUUCUGUCUAAGAAUAAUGAUGUAUUGUGAAAUUUAUUAAUAAAUACAAUAUAUAAAAUAUGUGAGCAUGAAACUAUGCACCUAUAAAUAUUAAUUAUGAAAUUUUACUGUUUUGUGCUGUGUUUUAUUAACUUGUGUUUGUAUAUAAAAUGGUGACAAUGAAAA